UUUCGAACAUUGCUCCUCCCAGGAUAUUCCCUCACCGCGCAGCCAUAAGAUAAAGAGGAUCAUGCGAGUAUAGCGGAACUUUUCAGCUUUGUAUUGUCGAAUUUACGUGCUGCAUUAAACUAGCCACUAAUAAUUUAUUCACUUAAUUUGUCUAGUAUGGGAAUUUUGAAGACAAUCCUUGCCGCAUACUCCGGUGUCCUACGUACAUGGUCAAACUCUGCCAUGCAGGACCGAUCCACGGCACUCCGGGGGCCCAAAAUCCAGCUGGAGAAACACUUACGGGUUAUCUCUGUGCUGCAGUGGAUACUGUCCUUCCUCAUUAUGGGAGCUGCCUGCACUGCAGCCCUCAUCUACUUGUUUUGUACAGAUUUCUGGUUGAUCCCUGCCUUAUACACACUUUGGUUCAUCUAUGACUGGAACACUCCUAAGCAAGCUGGCCGGAGGGCUUCUUGGGUGAGGAACUGGACCAUAUGGACCUACUUCAGAGACUACUUUCCUAUCAGACUUGUUAAGACACAUAACUUGUCGCCUAGCAGAAACUACAUUUUUGGCUAUCAUCCCCAUGGAAUAUUUUGUUUUGGUGCCUUCUGUAACUUUGGAACCGAUGUUAAUGGAUUCUUAAAGGAAUUCCCUGGAAUAAGGCCUUUUGUGACCACCCUGGCUGGUAACUUCUGGAUGCCCAUAGUCAGAGACUAUUUGAUGUCUGUUGGUAUCUGUCCUGUGACGCGUACCACGAUCGACUACAUCCUGUCACAGAAUGGGACGGGUAAUGCGGUUGUUAUUGUGGUGGGCGGCGCUGCUGAGUCUCUUGGCUGCACUCCGGGGGUCAACACAGUCGUUCUGAAGAACCGCAAGGGCUUUGUGAAGGUGGCUCUGCAAAAGGGGGCGGACCUGGUGCCAGUGUACUCAUUCGGGGAGAACGAGGUGUACAGACAGCUGGUGUUUGAGGAGGGCUCGCAGUGGAGACGCCUCCAGGAGAAAGCCCAGAAGCUGCUGGGGUUUGCCCCCUGUCUGUUCCACGGCCGGGGGCUGUUCUCCCCUGAGUCCUGGGGCUUCAUGCCCUAUUGCAAACCCAUCACGUCCGUCGUGGGACAGCCCAUCACAGUGCCCAAGAUUGAGAAUCCCAGUAAGGAGGUUGUGGAUCGCUACCACACCAUGUACAUGGACUCCCUCAGGGAGCUGUUUGACAAGUACAAGACCCAAUUCGGCCUGAAGGAGAGUGAAGUCCUGAUGAUACUGUGAGAACCUGCAUGGCCCCAAAUGAGAGACACCCAUCUGUCCCGGGCCAUUGGGCCAUAGGGAUCAAAGGCCUGAGAUAAUGCUUACUGGUUGGCCAGUGCACCUGGUCAUGUAGGGAGUCCCAGAUUAGUUGUUGAGCUGAAGCACGUGGUGGUGUGCCCUGCUGCAGCAGCCUGCUGGGAGUUAGCUGUAAACAAUGAGCUUUGCCUGAUAUCUCUGUGUCCUUUCCUUCUAUGUGCAUUGUGGAUAGAUCUUACUAAAUAUCUACUAGCGUGAAAGGUGUGUUAAGUCACUCAGCUCACUGACUUCUGUUAUGGCCCUGCCCUUUCCAGCUCCUCAUGGGUUCUCAUUUUCUCUCAUAUUCCCCUGGUGUAAAUGCCCAGGUAAUUGCUUUGGUGAGCAUACAGUAUGUGGACCGCUCCUCCCGAGUUUGGCCGUUGCUCUCCUCGUCACUAGCACCUUUUCCUUUGUUUGUUCUUUUGUUUCAGUUUUUGCUCUACACACCUACCCACCUUGCAUCAUAGUUUUACUUUGAGUAUAUAUAUAUAUAUAUAAUCUUUUUAAAAAUUGAAUUCUCAAAUUCUCUGCAAUUUAUUUUGAUUGCUGACACAAAUCCUGGCAUGGUCAUUUUUAUUCAACCACUUGGUGGCACCAUAGUUCUGUUUCUGUUGGACAUAUGCCCUCUAAACAAAUUCUGAGUCCAUUUCAGGCAUGUUGGUGUGGCCAACCAUUAGAUAUUAAUUACAGCUGAUGAUUAAUUCUCACAUAUAAUGAGAGAAGACCCUUUUUGAUGGUGUGGGUUGGAGAUUCAGGAGUGGUGAGAUUCUGUGAGCUCUACUGAUUUACACCUCAGUCUAUUUACUGUGUGCUCUGGGAUUCAAUUUAAAUUUAAAUUCACAUUUCUGAAAUAUUUUUUCAUCCAGAAUUUGUAAAUUCCUUUCGGUAUAGUACUAUAGAACUACAGAAAUCAAGAUGUAUACAUGAUGAUGAUGAAGUUGUAAAGCUUGGUUAUAGGACUUUUCCCCUUCGGUCAUGAGUUGAGUCAAUUGUGAACUUACGGUUUAUGCAGUACAUCUCAGGCCACUAUUUCUAAAAUCUUAACUUCUUCUAUGUACUUUUAAGUGUGAUGUGGAUUUUCACACUGUAAGUAUUGCAGUUGCAUGGAAUUUCUUUUUUUUUCAUUUUUCAGUGAAUAAAAUACUCAAAUAAAUUGAAAAUGUAUACCA